AUGUCGUUCCAUCCUCAGACUCCCCAGAGCCCAUCGCAAUUCUCCUCCGGGACCUCGGAGCCCGUGUUAAGCGUGACAACCUCAAUGACCUCCACAGCCACGCCAACCACCCUGCCGACUCCCGCCCACAGCGUCACUGGAAGUGCCCAUCACGACCUUGCAAUGGCCGACGACUCCCCCCAUAAGCGGAAGCGCUCUAUGGACGACAGCGGCGACCGCGAGCAAAAGAAGGUCCACACCUUGGAAAGCAAGCUGGGUAUUGAGGACCUGCAUCUGGAUGUGGGGAAGAAAUACCUCCUCUGCCAGACUCCCCAUCCAGAAUCAUUACCGCGCGUCUCGGAAGAUCUUUAUGACAUGUUCAACCUUAGCGGACUCGCCGCCGAAGUAGCUCGAGAGAAGCCAAACGGAGAAAAGAACGCAUUACGUUCAUCAUACACAGGCCAUAUGAAGAACUUGGGUAUCGCUGGCAACUGGAAAGUGCGAGUAACAGACAAGGACUCUAAUACCGAGAAACCCGACUUUUUCGACAUCCUGCAUAUGCCUGAUGAGGAUUGGGACAACACGAUAGUUAAGGGUCAAAACAUCAAACACGGGCUAUCACAAGCAAGUCUUUCCGCCCUCGGACGAGCACUCACCAUGGCCAAGGGACCUAUAGGCAAGAAGGACUGGGAUACGUCAAGAUUAGGACUUCAGUCACCCGGCCUAGAUCCAAAGCAAACUUCAUCGGCGAGACCCACCGCUCCCAACACUCCGCUCAACGUACCUGGCGCAGUAGGACGACUAAAGGCUCAAGGGCCCUCAGCAAACGAUCCCAAUCGACCAAAGCGUAACGUGAAGAAGCGAACAUAUGGUGAUAGCAGUUUCGAGGGUUAUGGCGAAGGUUACCCUGACGAUGACACAGCCGUGGAAGGAGGCUACUCAACAGGAGAGGGAGAGGGCGGCCAGAAGCGACGCAAGAAGAACCCAGGAAAUACCUCGCCAUACCCGAGCGCUAUGCGCCAACAAAGCUACGGUCCUGGCAUGGUGGGCGCAUGA